AUGGCUUCGAUCAACAAGACGGAGUUCAAGGUUCUUGAGCUGAACGGCAAGAACUAUCAGACUUGGGCACUUGAUUGUGAGUUCCACCUGGAAGCUAUGCAACUGACUGCUACGAUCGCUAGGCCUGCUGCCGGUGUCCCUGCUCCGCCACCUUAUGAGAGGGCAAAAGCUUGCAUCUUCCUGAGGCAUCACAUUCAUCCAGACCUGAAGAUGGAGUAUCUGGAGGUGAAAGACCCUCAGGUGCUGUGGUUGAAGCUUCAGGAGCGCUUCGGCAAGCAGAAGUCAGUGCUCCUCCCACAAGCUAGGCGUGAAUGGGGCCAACUCCGUUUUCUUGAUUUCAAGUCCGUUGAGGCAUAUAACGCUGCAAUUCACCGUAUCGUGGCUCAGCUUCGCUUCUGUGGCCAAGUUGUCACUGAGCUCGGGAUGAUUGAGAAGACUCUCGAGACUUUCCACCCCACCAACAUGGUACUCCAGCAGCAGUAUCGCAAUAACAAGUACAUGAAGUACUGUGAUCUCAUCAAUGUGUUGCUCACUGCGGAGGCUCAUAAUGAGCUAUUGAUGAAGAACUUCAACAUGCGCCCCGCUGGGACACAGGCACCGCCUGAAGCACAUGCCAGUUUCCGCAAUAACAAGGGCAAAGGUCCUUUCAAAAACAAGGGCGCUAAGAAUCAUGGUCAUCAUGGACCAAAAGGGGGAAAGUUUAAGAAGCAUAUGCAUGGAGGCCAGAAGUCCAAUGGCAAUAGCAAGGGCAAAUCCCCGCAGGAUUCCAAAGGCAAUGCAAACGGGGCGAAGCACUCAAAAGAGGGUUGUUUUCGCUGUGGAUCAAAGAAACAUUGGUCUCGCACAUGCACUGCUGAACCACACUUGAUUGAGCUGUAUCAAGAGUGGAAGAAACGCCAAAACCCGGAGGCACAUUUUGUCCAGGCGGCAAUAGAUGCCAAUACAGGAUUACACCUCCGGGAGCCAUGGGAUCCUCCUCAACAGAUUGAUACAGCAGCUAUGGAUGUUGAUCCUAGUGCUGUGAGAGAUGCCACGGCUGGAGGGGAAGAUGCCCAUAUGGGCGAUGAUGACUACGACCUCGAGGAUGAGGAUCUCCUUGAUGUGUAG